AUGGCAUCGCCGUCAUCGCCUUCUUGCAAGCAUCGCAUGCUCUUGCUGGCGUUGCUUAUACUGGCGGCAGAGGCGUCGUCUACGAAAGCGGCGGCGUACCUGUACGACGACCUCAAGGUCACCUGGGGCUCCGGUUGCAGCUACUUCUACAUGGAUGGCGGCGACGUCGACACGCUCGCGCUCUGCCUCGACCGCUCCAGCGGCUCCGGGUUCGGCUCCAACGGAUCCUACCUCUACGCCCGCUACGACAUGGACAUCAAGCUCGUCGCCAACGACUCCGCCGGCACCGUCGCCACAUUCUACCUGAUGCCCGACGACGUGCCGUGGGAGUACCACGACGAGGUGGACAUGGAGUUCCUUGGCAACGCCACCGGCGAGCCGUACACGCUGCACACCAACGUCUACGUCAACGGCGCCGGCGGCCGCGAGCAGCAGUUCCAGCUCUGGUUCGACCCCACCGAGGACUUCCACACCUACUCCAUCGAGUGGAACCCCAAGUACAUCAUGUUCCUCGUCGACGACACGCCGAUCCGCGCGUACAAGAACGACCGGGCGCGCGGCGUGCCGUUCCCGACGUGGCAGAGCAUGCGGGCGGAGGGGAGCCUGUGGGACGCCGAGGAGUGGGCGACGCAGGGCGGCCGCGUCAAGACAGACUGGGCGCAGGCGCCAUUCUACGCCUACUACCGCAACUUCCGCGUCACGCCGUGCGUGCCCUCCCCAGGCGUCGCCUGGUGCGGCGACGAGCCGCCGGAGUCGGCGUGGUUCGACCAGCGGCUCGACGCCGCCGCGCUGGUGAGGGUGCAGGCGGAGAACAUGAUCUACGACUACUGCGUCGAUCAGAAGCGGUUCAACAACACGGGGUUCCCAGUGGAAUGCACCACGGCCUAG